CAUUGUUUAGCUUAUUGUUUCCAGUGUAUUGCUCUACUCUUUACCUGUUCAUUUCAUUUGUACCAGAUUGAGAUAAAGACAGCUCCUGCUGACUUCCGCUUCCCUACAACGAACCAAACUAGGCAUUGUUUUACACGCUAUGUUGAGUACCACAGAUGUGUGAAUGCCAAAGGGGAGGCUGCUUCUGAUUGUGAGAAAUUUGCCAAGUACUACCGCUCUCUUUGCCCAGGAGAAUGGGUUGAAAAGUGGAACGAGCAGAGGGAGAAUGGGACAUUUGCAGGUCCCCUCUAAAUCUUCCGUUUGAGAGUCACCUUGGUCCAGCCUACAGCCUUCAUCAGCUGUGCUGUUCUCUUCUGAUUUGAAUAUAUGUUAUUCUUUUCUUUCCCCUAAGCAGUCACCGCAAAACAGCUAGUGAUGCUGUGCUUUGUGUUGCACUCAUAAUUUUAAGCAUUGUUACUCCUAAUAUCAUGUACUUUCAGACCUUACAAAUUAAGGAUUCUAUGUUCA